AUGAACUCGUCAUCAUCAUUGUGUUCCUCCGCAUCUUUGUCAUCAAGUCCAUUUUUAUCUUUUCCUUUAUUUAAUACAUCACAACAACAACAAAAUCAAUGGAAAGAAUUCACGCGAUUACUUUCCAAUCAAUUGUAUUCUCGUGGAUUCGAUUUGGUAAAAGCGUUUCCUGCCCAAAGAUAUAAUGCAAAAAUAUUGUCAAAUAUUUCUCCUCUGCCUACAUACAAAAGAAAUAGUACAUUAGCUUUUGUCAUCGCAAAUACAAAGCAUUUAUGGUCAUAUUUUCUUCGAAAUCUUUAUAACCAAUCACAAAUGCAUCAUAAUCCAUGGAAUAAUAAUCCAUUGGACUUAUACACGAAACAAUCGGUUGCUGAAUCAGUAAAUGAAGUUUUAGGCAUAAUUGAUCAACGUGAUGUCAAAUGUGAUAUACGUCACGCGUUUGAGAUGGAAAAAUCAAGAUUUGUUGCAUUUCAAUUGUUGGCUCAUGAGUCAGGACUGGCUUAUUAUAAUCGUACUUGCGGUUUGAAUGUUCAUGAAAUUGCUGGUCCAUGGAUUGGAUUAAGAUCUGUUGUGACACUUGAUCUCGAAGGACCAUCGAUAUCCGAUACCACUAUUCCGCUAGAAAAUCCUUAUCCUGAAGGAGAUUCACUUCUAAAAGCAAAAUUAUUUUCCAUACUACAUCAAAAAAACUUUACUUCUUCCAAUAAAGAGAAAGAAAAAUCAACAGCAAAUGGUAUCAGUCGAGAUUGGUAUCAAUGGGUUGAAUUAAGAGAUUUAGCUUCUGGUUUUAUGACCGAAGAGGCACAAAUCAAAUGGAGAUAUUCCGAAGAACAAUUAGAAUAUCAUUAUACUAAGAAUCUAAGUCGAUUGCAAGAAGUUGUGAACAUGUCAAAGAAUGACGAUAAAACUCAUUCAUAA